AUGACUCUGGCAUUCGUUUUCCAGCAAGACACUGAAAUUGAAGCCUUGGUGAAUAAGCAGUUGGCCCAAGAAAAUACGAUUCUGCUUUCCAAGGGCACCAAGGAGUCAAACCGCCUACACAAGAGCUGGAGAAGGAGCAAGUUCUGCAGAGACAUCACCAAGGUAUUAGCUGGAGAACACAUUGGUAUUGGGGAUGACACAAUACCGAGUUCCGACGAGGAAAGCGAAGUUGAUGCAGAGGAUGCAAGUCUUCUCAAUACAACGCCCAUGGAUCAGUUACAAGAGAAGCAGAUGCCUUGGACCAGUGACAUGAGUCUAAUUCCACGACACCUGGCUGCUCCAUCUGUACCUGACCGCCACCAUCCAAUUACGCAACAGCCCGUGCCAUUUCUUGGACUUACGCCGUUACCUGUCGACUUCUGGAUGCUUCUCGAAACUUAUUCCACGUAUACACAGUCUUGGCUACCCAUCUGCGAAAAGCUCGAUGUUCUGAAGCUAUCGUACUCUUACCCAGAGGAAGGUCUUGCUCUGUCCCAAGAUAUGCCUGACUCGGGAUGUCAUGCCGAAAUGUGGAGCAUCUUUGCGGUUGGGUGUAUUCAAGACUCAUCCUUCGUCAUGGGGAGUCGGGAACCCCAGCAUCUGAUGACCCCUAAGAAGCUCUAUGAGAUCUCUAGACAGCUAAUUCCCCACGAAAUAGGAAACUUUGACCUGAACCAUGUCAAAGCGCUUCUCAACCUGGCAGUAUUUAAUAUCAGCAGGUCGCUUUUAAAGGCUGCUUGGCUUCUGGUUGGCACCGCUUCGAGAAUUUUUUUUACACUUAACGAGUCGCCUGAGAUUGCUAGCCCUCGUCGAAAAAAUAUCUUAGCAAGCUGUUUCUUGCUGGACAACCUCCUUGCUCUACACUUACAACGACGACCGUAUCUAGACAAAUCUGACCUUGCAUGGGCAGGCAAGAUAGAAGAGGAUGGCUUGGAAGAAUGGCAGCCUUGGAAUGGGAAUCUUAACCUGGGAACAACAUACCAAUCAAGACUACCAACAUUGGCCCUGAGUAGCUUCAACAACCUCCUGGAAGUAGUCGACAUUCUUGUAAGCACCGCACGGCAACCGACUGCGAGAAACUUUCUUCAUGAGAUGAUUGGGCGGCUUGAAGCAUGGAAAUCCUCACUGCCUCCAAAACUCCAUUACGUACGGUCUGACUCUCCAUCGACUCCGUUGACGCCGCCUGCAGUGGUACUACAAUUGACAUAUUUCGCUACUGCCUUUGCGCUGGUUCCAUCUCAGGCCUGGCUCCAGCGGGUACUGGAAUUAUUGGAAACACUCCGGGGCCAGCUCGGAUUCGCAAAGUUGCCAUCCAUAGUCAUUUGUCUGUUGGAGAGCAUCAAGCGAAGCAGUACCAACUUGAACUUAGAUCAGGUAACACGAAUCCGCAUGCACAGCUUGUUCGCAGAUUUUGAUCAGGCAUGCUCUAUUACUUCGGGCGAGGCCUUCCUGGAUACGCAAAGCAUGCCGAGCGUCCUCGCAGGCACGUCUCCAAGUGUCAUUCAGAUGAGAAAUCCUGAUGCGAUCCAUGCAUCUCCUCGCCCCUUUUCUUCUCAGAACGGCGAUUCGAUUUCAGAGCAAUACCAGCCGCCAACCGGCUCUUCAGCACUCCUUGACGACCUGCUACCAGAUAUGAAUCAUAAUCGACAACAACACACCCUGCAGUCUCUCAACCCUCGUCCGUUUAGCAAUGCAAUGGAUUCUUCAGCGUUUGAGCCCCCGACAUUCGAUAUCCAUGAUCCUUACAAUGCUUUCGUGCCAGGCGACCUAGAAAGCUUUUUUGAUGAACUUGCCUCUUUGCAUGGAGCCAAAAAGCUACAAAAUCAGACACAAUUUAUGCAGAAUCUUGGCUACUCCUCAGAAGUUAGCAUGGCCGACCUGCUAGCGGCUGAUCCGGGUCAACUUAUGCCAUUGCCUUCGAAUCUUGGCCCAGAAAACAACAUUGAAUCUCCUCACUUCUCAUUAGACGGUGCUUAUGAUGCUGGAUGA